AUGAGGAGCCCACGGGAGCUCGCAGACAAGACGCGAUAUUGCCACUUCCAUCGGCAAAACGGGCAUGACAUGGAAGAGUGCCGCGAGCUGAAGCGACAUAUCGAGGAGCUGAUUCGAAGAGGGCACCUCAGCCGCUAUCUACGGCAGGAUAAAGAGCUUUCCCCGCGGCCCGAGGGCCCCAUCGAAAAGCAGAUCGACGUAAUCACGGGCGGCCCGGCGUUUGGGGGAAAUAGUAUGUCUAGGCGGAAAGCAUACGCCCGCGCCCCCGCAACCGAGGACCCUGGGCACGGGCCCGCGCCCGAGGUCACGUUUCCAGCUGAGAGAGCCGAACCGCCCGAACAUGAUGACGCGUUGGUGGUGGCCGCUAGAAUCACCAACGCCCAAGUGAAAAGGAUCAUGGUCGACACUAGGAGCUCGACCGACAUUUUUUAUUUGGACGCUUUCCAGAAGCUCGGGCUCUCCCGCGACGCCCUGAAGCCUAUGAGCUCAGCGCUCACCGGGUUCACCGGUGAAUCAAUUUCGCCGUUGGGCGCGGUCACCCUGCCCCUAACCCUCGGGGAAGUACCGAGGACGAAGACGGUGAUGGCAACCUUCUUAGUAGUCGACCUUCCUACCGCUUACAAUGCGAUUCUGGGGCGCCCCACCCUCAAUAAGCUCAGAGCGGUUAUCUCCACCUACCACCGGACCGUGAAGUUCCCGACCCAUGCGGGGGUCGGAGAAGCCAGGGGAAGCCCCCGCGAGUCAAGGCGGUGCUACUUGAUCGUGAUCUCAAUGCACAAGAGGAGGAGGGCUGAACUGUCCAUCGAAGACCCCCGAGAAGCAAAAAGGUCGUCCCAACACCCCGAGCCGACGGAACCUACGGUGGAGGUGCCACUACAGGAGGGGCGCCCAUAUCGAACAGUCAGGGUCGGGUCGGAGCUUCCUGAGUGGGAGCGAGCCCAACUUAUCAAACUCCUCCAAGAGAAUGUCGAUGUCUUUGCCUGGUCUCCCACUGACAUGGCAGGCGUCGACCCUGAGAUAUCUCAGCACCACUUGUGUAUCUCCUUAGACAUGCGACCAGUAAAGCAGAAGCCCCGACGUCUUGCCCCCGAACGCCAUCAGACCAUCUGA